AUGUCUUUGAAGCGAAUUAACAAGGAACUUGUCGAUCUCGGCAAAGACCCUCCGUCAAAUUGCUCGGCUGGUCCCGUUGGUGACGAUAUGUUCCAUUGGCAGGCGACCAUUAUGGGCCCGGAAGACUCUCCGUAUUCUGGCGGAGUCUUCUUUCUCGACAUUCACUUCCCCGCCGAUUAUCCGUUCAAGCCCCCCAAGGUCCACUUCACCACACGUAUUUACCACUGCAACAUCAACUCCAACGGCGGUAUAUGUCUCGAUAUCCUCAAGGACCAGUGGAGCCCGGCAUUAACCGUGUCCAAAGUUUUGCUUUCCAUCUGUUCCCUCUUGACGGACGCCAAUCCGGAUGAUCCACUGGUGCCGGACAUAGCGCAGCUGCUCAAAACGGACAGGGCUCGACACGAUAGUACGGCGCGGGAGUGGACUUCGAAGUAUGCUAUGUAGCACACGCCGAAGCAAAAAAGCAACCACGGGCGCGCGGUGCCGUAGUCGUCGGUCGCACUCUUUCUGCAAGCACAUUCUAAAAUUUGAGAAACCUAUUUGAAAACUGG